CUGGAUAGUCGUGGCUGGGGGAAUUAUGGCCUUCACUUUUGCAUGGGCGAUGGGAGCGAACGACGUGCCAAAUGCCUUUGCUUCGGUGAUCACUUCCGGUGUCUUGUCAUUCAAAGGGGCAGUGGUAGUGUCGUCAGUAUUCGAGCUGCUCGGAGCGCUGCUGAUGGGAGAGAAAGUGACAAGCACCAUCGUCCAGAACGUCGUGGAUUGGACGAAGUUGGGGGACAAAAUGAAUGGCCCUAGCUUGACAAUGUGGGGAUUAACCUGUGCGCUGGGCGCUUCAAGCGUCUGGGUAACCAUAGCCACGUUCUACGCGUGGCCAAUCUCGAGCACACACACGAUCAUAGGAGCGAUGGUGGCACACGCGCUCGUCAUGAAGGCCGGCGAGUCAAUCUAUUGGGUGAAAAAGACGGCGAAAGGCGGAACCUGGGAGGGGCUCCCGAUUUCGCCGGUUGUCGGGAUCGCGGUAUCGUGGGUGGCAUCGCCUGUGCUGGCGGCGACCUUAGCUGGCGCUUUCUUCGGACUCAUCAAACGCUUCAUACUGGUUCACGACGAUUCCGUCGAGCGUACGCUCAACUUCCUGCCUUUUACAUCCGGUUUGACCGCCUUGGUGAUCACCCUGCUAGUAAUGUUUUCCUCGACUUCUUGGCUUAAAAAAGUGGACGUUCUUAUGGCUCUCGGGAUAGCAUUCGCAGCGGCGCUGGCGGGCUGCUUGCUCGGCUAUGUCGUCGGGAUCCCGCUUGCACGGGAGAGACUGAGGAGGUAUGACAGUCUGCUAAGGCGCCAACUUGAGGCAGACGCGGAGGCUCCGCCGCCGGCUAUGGCGGCGGUGCCACCGGCGACGGAAAUCGAUGGGCGGGGGGGGAACCCCAUAGAUGGGCUUCCGGCGGGCUUGAGAUUGGAGGGAGAGGAAGUCGAUGGAGUCGGCGAUGGCCGCGGAGAUCGAGGUGACGACGAUGCAGGUCGUGGUGAUGGCAAUGCAAGGAUCGUGCCCUGGGGAUUCGGAGGACAAAUUGUUUUCGAUGAGCACACUCUUCGCCUUCACGCUCUUUCGAGGAGAUUUAAGCGUCGAACAGAAGAGUUAUUCAAGAUCUUUCAGGUCUUUGCGGGUUGCGCGAUGGCGUUUGCUCAUGGUGCCAACGACGUGGGAAAUCCGAUCGCCCCUUUCGCCGUCAUUUACGCUAUACAUCGUGAAGGUGAGGUCUUUUUUCAAUCCGAUUUCAAGGCACCGCUGCAGAUCUGGAUGCUGGUACUUGGUGGGGUGGGCAUUUGUGUCGGUUUCGCAGUAUGGGGAUGGAGAGUAGCGACCAGUAUCGGAGGAGGCUUGACGCUGAUGACGCCAUCGCGGGGCUUUUCCUGCUUGCUCACCUCGUCGUUCGUCGUUGCCGUCGCAUCCAGGUUGGGCUUACCUAUCUCGACGACACAGGUUCUGGUAGGUUCCACGGUCGGUGUGGGAGCUGCUGACAAUUUCAGGACCGUUGAUUGGUGUUUGUUCGGCAAAUUCCUGCUGUCGUGGCUUGUGACGGCCGCAGUUGCGGGUGGCAUGACCGCUCUCUUCUUCGCCAUCUCCGUCUAUUCUCCAAUUCAGCCAUAGCUCGCUCCCAAAAUCGAGAAUGUAUAUAGCUCGCUCCCAACAUCGAGAAUGUAUAGAUCCGGCUUCUGAGAGAAUCUAGUACACGAUAGAGUACUGACGCUUGAAAACCGAAAGCGAUAAAGGAACUUUAAGACA